AUGGCGGCGCCCGUGUCCUGGAGGAAGCUUCUGAACUCUGUGUCUCCCGCAGUUACCGGGGCCUUCAGCCGCAUCACGGACCGUCUCUGCAGAGCCCGGGACCGGGGCGGAGGGUCCUCGGUGCUGCUGCUGGCCCCCCUCCUGGCUGAGACAGACUCCGCCCCUCGUCUGAUGCCCCGGUCUCAGAGCUCGGCUGGGGCUCGCGGCACCAGCGACGGCCUCUGCCCGCACUUCAGAUGGAUGUCCCAGCUGGUGCCGGCGUUCAGAGUACCAGGAACACGCAUCCACAUCCUCCACUCUCCAGACCAGUUCUACCAAACCAUGAAGGCGCGGAUCAGAACAGCCCAGAGGCGAGUGGUCAUGGCCUCUUUGUACCUGGGGACGGGGCAUCUGGAGCAGGAGCUGGUGGACUGUAUGGAGGAGGCUCUAGAGAGAUCUGAGGAGAACGGCUCCAGACUCAAAGUGUCGGUGCUGCUGGACUACACACGAGGCUCCAGAGGCUUGGAGAACUCUCGGACCAUGCUUUUGCCGCUCCUCUCCCGGUUCUUGUCCCAGAUGAGGGUGUCUCUGUACCACACUCCGGACCUGAGGGGCCUCCUGCGGCUCCUGGUGCCUCAGAGGUUCAACGAGACCAUCGGGGUCCAGCACAUCAAGGUCUACCUGUUUGACGACAGCCUCAUCAUCAGUGGGGCGAACCUGAGCGAGUCGUACUUCACCAACAGACAGGACCGCUACGUCCUGCUGGAGGGCUGCUCGGAGGUGGCAGACUUCUUCUCUGAUCUGGUGGACGCCGUGGGAGACGUGUCUCUGCAGCUGCAGCCAGACGACUCUGUGACCAUGGUGGAAGGAAUGGUGCAUCCCUAUAAAGGAAACAGACAGGACUUCUCCAGAGCGGCUCAGAGCAGGAUCAUGGAGGUGCUGCAGGAGGCUCAGCUCCGGCAGCAGCUGCAGGAGGACCAGGAGGAGCCGGAGGAGGACCAGGACACGUGGGUCUUCCCUCUGGUCCAGAUGAAACCUCUGGGCAUCAGUUUGGACGAACAGGUCACACAGCGCUUGCUGGUGGACUCCUCCUCUGGUUCCUCUGUGUUCCUGACGUCUGGGUACUUUAACCUGACCAGAGCGUACAUGCGGCUGGUGCUGGGAGCAGGAGCAGAGUACCGGAUCCUGACUGCGGCUCCUGAGGUCAAUGGUUUCUUUGGGGCCAAAGGCGUCGCUGGUGCCAUCCCUGCGGCCUACGUUCACAUCGCACGACAGUUCUACAACCAGGUGGUGCGGCUGAGGCAGCAGGGGCGGGUCCAUCUCCACGAGUACCACAGGGACCAGUGGACCUUCCACGCUAAAGGACUGUGGUAUUACCUGGCCGGACAGCCCCGCCCCUGCCUCACUCUGAUUGGCUCUCCAAACUUCGGGUACCGGUCGGUCCACAGAGACCUGGAGGCUCAGAUCGCCAUCGUCACGGACAACGAGGAUCUACAGACGCAGCUGCAGGAGGAGCAGCAGAUGUUGUAUCAUCGUUCGUCUGAAGUCUCCAGCUCCACAACUUCUUCUGACCCAGACUGCUGUUGUCAGGACGCGCAGACGCCGCUCUGCAUUCUGGGAGUUGGAGUUCCCCAGUGA